AUGGCGAACGUUGACGACGAUGAGCUUGCUGCCCUGACGGGGCGGGGCGGCAAAAAGUCCGAGAAGAGGUCAUUGAACUCCCUCAUCAUCCACCCCGCGAUAGAACCGGGCGUCAUCGACAAUGCUAUGCUCACUCGAUGUAUACUGGAACAUGGGCCCACUGAAGAAGCGGGGAGACUGUUCGCCGAAGAAGGCGUCCAUCUGGACGAGACCACCGUAAUUCGCCUCGAGUUCCAGAACAUUCUCCGCAUAGACCACCUUUGGAUGCUCAAGUCCCUCACCAAACUCACACUAUCCCACAAUUUGAUUGAAAAAAUCGAAAAUCUAGACCAACUACCAAAUUUAAACGAAGUAGACCUGUCGUUCAAUAAGAUUGAGAAGAUUGAAAAUUUAGAUGAACUCGUUAACAUAGAGGUGUUGAGUUUGUUUCACAAUAAAAUAAGGAAAUUAGAAAAUAUGGAUACCCUUACAAAGUUACUGGUGUUCAGUAUUGGAGACAAUCUUAUUGAAGAUUUUAAGGAGAUGGCUUACCUUCGAAGAUUCCGUUUCCUUCGCUCAGUGAGCUUCAAAGGCAACCCUUGCUCAGAUGACCCGAUGGCGUAUCAGUUCCUCAAGUCCGCGCUUACGAAGGUCACCUACUUGGAUUAUAAGACCAUCACCGAGGAAGAUAGAGAGGCUGGACGGUCUUUGUUCAGAGGUCUACUUCGAAAGCUGGACGAGGUUGACGAAAUAGCUGAAAACGAGAGAAUAGCCAAGGAGGAGUAUGAUGCGAAGGUGGAAUUCUACGCGUUGUCCUUCGUCGAGUACCUGAGCGGCCCAGAAAUGUUCGAGUCCAUGUUCGAGAAGGACGUUGAUGGCUCGUUGCUGCUCAAAGUCGGUGGUGAACUUAUAACCUUUUUUGAUAUAUAUAAAGAGCAAUACGUAGAUACGAUGGCAACCCUAGUGGAAUGGGCGCAGGGGGCGUACAGUGACCGCCAAUAUGAGAUCAAACUAUUCAAAGACCUCAUUAAUGGAGCUUUAGCUGAAAGCGUUGAAAAGAGUAAAGAGGUGUUAAAAGAGUUCCAAAUUAAGAAAAAACCACUGGUAGACCAGAUGAACGAACUGAUCGCAAAGUUCACUGAGAAGAAGGCAACCCUGGAACAAGUGGAGCCACAGAUAGUGGAGCUGGGUGACCAGUUUAACGACGUGCUCUACGACGUGUGGAAGAAGCUCAUGACCCUUGAGAUGAACUUGUUUGAGCAAUGCGAGGAAUCCCGCAUCCAGUUCUCAGUGAAUAUGGCGGACAUGAUAACGAAACUUCUGGAACAUGCUCGAAACGCGUUCGGGUCGUGGAGAGAGCAUGAGGCCGUGUGGUCCAUGCGGCAGUUCGAAGCGUUGUCUAAACUGCUGGGCAAUAAGAUACUGCUUGGCGAUGUGCCGGCUGAACUCUUCGAGGUAAUGAUGGACCGCGACCAGAUGAUGAACCUAGUGGCGGCGUCAUCUGACAGCCACAUGCGGUUCAUAGACGCCAGGGAAGACUUGCUCAUGACUCGAGCCAACGCUUGGAGGGACCAUCUGUGUGACAGCACCAAUGACAACGAAAUAAAGCGUAACCGCGACAGGAUCUUGGAGAUUAACUACUUUAUAGACAACGAGCGCGAGGACUGGACAGAUAAACAGAUGAGCAUCACCGACGCGGUUGACCGCGAGACUGCCGCCUUGCUGGGCGAUGAGUACUGA